AUGUUUAUUCUAUUUGCAGUUUACAAAACUGUCUGUGGUGUAAAUGGACCACUGGUAAUCCUCAACGAUGUCAAAUUCCCGCAAUUCAAUGAGAUCGUCCUUCUCACGUUGCCAGAUGGUACAAAGCGAUCUGGACAGGUUCUCGAGAUCACAAGAAACAAGGCUGUUGUCCAGGUUUUCGAAGGAACCUCUGGCAUUGAUGCCAAAAACACUAUCUGCGAGUUCACUGGUGAUAUUCUUCGUUCACCCGUAUCAGAAGAUAUGCUUGGUCGUAUCUUCAACGGAUCAGGAAAGCCUAUUGAUAAGGGACCACCUGUGUUGGCAGAAGAUUUCUUGGACAUUAAUGGUCAACCCAUCAACCCUUGGUCGCGUAUCUAUCCCGAAGAAAUGAUUCAAACCGGUAUCUCUGCUAUCGAUGUCAUGAACUCCAUCGCUCGUGGUCAGGUAUUCAUCCUUUUACAGAAAAUUCCUAUCUUCUCUGCUGCCGGUCUUCCCCACAAUGAAAUUGCAGCUCAGAUUGUACGUCAAGGAGGCCUCGUACAGCUUCCUGAAAAUAAGCAUGAAUCUGGUGACUCGAACUUUGCCAUCGUGUUUGCUGCUAUGGGAGUUAACAUGGAGACUGCUCGCUUCUUCAAGCAAGAUUUUGAAGAGAAUGGUGAAUUUCUGGUUAUUCGUAUAUGUACAAGCUUUAAGACUAGAUUUUUGUUAGGAUCCAUGGAGAAUGUAUGUCUUUUCCUUAACUUGGCCAAUGAUCCAACAAUUGAACGUAUCAUCACACCUCGUCUCGCUCUUACUGCAGCUGAGUUUUUCGCCUACCAAUGCGAGAAACACGUACUUGUCGUACUUACUGACAUGACUUCAUACGCUGAAGCUCUACGUGAGGUAAUUAUUCAAGUUCGCCUCUUUACAAAGGUCGUUUGGCGAAUUUUAGCGCUACAUAGUUACACCGCCUUUGGUGAGACUUUAGGUAGCAGUUAUUCACCUAGUGUAAUGAUGCUUCAAUCAACUGGAAUAAGCCUUUUCAAGAGUUUGAAGUCUCGUGAAGUUCAUGCUGCGGUUUCUGCUGCUCGUGAAGAAGUACCUGGACGACGUGGUUUCCCAGGUUACAUGUACACUGAUUUGGCUACUAUAUACGAGCGUGCUGGUCGUGUAGAAGGAAGAGACGGUUCCAUCACUCAAAUCCCUAUUCUUACUAUGCCCAACGACGAUAAUAGUUCUCAUCACUCUCAUAUCUCUCGAUUCACCUAUGGCCAUUCAGAUAUCACUCAUCCUAUUCCUGAUCUCACUGGGUACAUCACUGAAGGCCAAAUCUACGUUGACCGUCAGCUUCAUAACAGACAGAUUUACCCACCUAUCAACGUAUUGCCAUCGCUUUCACGUUUGAUGAAAUCUGCUAUUGGUGAGGGUAUGACUCGCGAAGAUCAUUCAGAUGUUUCUAAUCAGGUAUCAGCAAUUUUGCGUUGUUUUUCAAUAAGACAUUUUCCGAUAUUGUUGCAGUUGUACGCUUGCUACGCUAUUGGAAAGGAUGUGCAAGCUAUGAAGGCUGUCGUAGGAGAGGAAGCUCUGUCGUCUGACGAUCUCCUUUAUCUAGAAUUCUUAGUCAAAUUCGAAAAGAACUUCAUCUCACAAGGAAACUACGAGAACCGAACUGUUUUCGAAUCGUUGGAUAUAGGAUGGCAGCUUCUCCGUAUUUUCCCGAGAGAAAUGCUUAAGCGAAUUCCCGAAAGCACACUUGAGAAGUACUACCCAAGAGGUGGAGCGAAAACAGAUUAG